AUGCCGCGCGUGGUGUCUCGUUCGCCGCCAUCCCACCGUCGGCGGCGCUCCCCGUCGCCGCGGUACGGCAGCAGGCGGCGCUCCCCGUCGCCGCGGUAUGGCAGCAGGCGGAUCCGGCGAGAUCGCAGCCGCUCCCCUUACUCCUCCCGGAGAAAAAGUCCGUCUCCUUCUCCUAGAUGGGACAGGAGCCAGUCCCCGAUUCCUAGGAGGCGUAGAAGCCCUCCAUCACCGAGGAGACAUAGAAGACGGAAAAGUCGGAGCAGCUCAAGUUCUCUUGUAAAUAACUCCAGCCCAAGUCAUGGAUCUGAACAGAACAGUUUAAUAGAAAAACAAAGGAAGGAAGAAGAAAAGAAAAGUUUUCACCGCAGACGCCAAAAGGAAGCUGAACUUAAGUUGUUGGAAGAGGAGCUUGCUAGGAGAGUUGAAGAAGCUGUUAGGAAAAAUGUUGAGGAGCGUCUGAACUCUGAGGAAGUAAAAGAUGAAAUAAAACGCCGAGUUGAGGAAGGUAUCAAAAAGUUAUUUGAUGAGGUUGAUGCUCAGCUACAAAAAGAGAAGGCAGCAGCUCUCCAUGAAGCCAGGCAGAAAGUAGAGCAAGAAAGGAGGGAGAGGGAGGAGUUGGAUAGGAUGAUCGAGGAGAACCGGAGGAAAGUAGAGGAAUCUCAAAGGAGAGAAGCUCAGGAGCAGCAUCAGAAAGAGAUGGAGCGAUAUUUGGAGCUGGAACGGAUCCAAAAGCAGAGAGAAGAAGCCUUACGCAGAAAAAAGAUUGAAGAGGAGGAAGAAAGAGCUAAGCAGAUGAGAUAUUAG